AUGGAUGUCAUUUAUGGAAUGCACCUCUCCAAGAUGGCCUCCCAAAAAAAGAAGGAAGGUAAAGCUCUGGAGGAAACCCCAGGAGAGAUUACCUUGGAGAAGGUGACUUUUAAAGAUGUGGCGGUGUACUUCACCAAAGAGGAAUGGCAACUGCUGGACCCGAAGCAGAGAGCAUUGCAUGAAGUGGUGAUGAUGGAGAACUAUGAGAACGUGUCCUCUUUGGAAGAACUUGAGACAUCCCCGAGAAUCAACACUGGAGAGAAACCAUUCACAUGUCAACAGUGUGCAAAAGGCUUUGCUCACAAGAGAAACUUUAAAAGACACCAGAGAGUCCACACAGGAGAGAAACCAUUCAAAUGUCAGCAGUGUGGGAAAGGCUUUGCUGAGAGGUCAGUCUUUCUGGUCCAUCAGAGAAUCCAUACAGGAGAGAAACCUUACAGAUGCCAGCAGUGUGGGAAAGGCUUUGCUAAGAAGUCAGUCCUUCUGGUCCAUCAGAGAAUCCAUACAAGAGAGAAACCUUACAGAUGCCAGCAGUGUGGGAAAGGCUUUGCUCAGAAGCCACAUCUUGUGGCCCAUCAGAGAAGUCACACAGGAGAGAAACCUUACAGAUGUCAGGAGUGUGGGAAAUACUUUGCUGAGAAGUCAGACCUUUUGAAGCACCAGAGAAUCCACACAGGAGAGAAACCUUACAGAUGCCAGCAGUGUGGGAAAGGCUUUGCUCAGAAGUCAGUUCUUAUGGUCCAUGAGAUAAUCCACACAGGAGAGAAACCAUUCACAUGCCAGCAGUGUGGGAAAUCCUUUGCUCAGAGGUCCCACCUUGUGGUCCAUAAGAGAAUCCACACAGGAGAGAAACCUUACAGAUGCCAGCAGUGUGGGAAAGGCUUUGCUCGCAUGUCAGUGCUUGUGGUCCAUAAGAGAAUCCACACAGGAGAGAAACCUUACAGAUGCCAGCAGUGUGGGAAAUACUUUGCUGAAAAGUCAGGCCUUUUGAAGCACCAGAGAAUCCACACAGGAGAGAAACCUUACAGAUGCCAGCAGUGUGGGAAAGGCUUUGCUCAGAAGUCAGUUCUUAUGGUCCAUGAGAGAAUCCACACAGGAGAGAAGCCUUACAGGUGCCAGGAGUGUGGGAAAUGCUUUGCUGACAAAUCAGUCCUUGUGGUCCAUGAAAGAGUCCACACUGGAGAGAAACCAUACAAAUGCCAGGAGUGUGGCAAGUCUUUUACUUCAGGUGCCAGCCUUACAAACCACCAUAGGAUUCAUACAGGAGAGAAGCCAUAGAAAUCUAAGGACUGUGGGAAAUAUUUUUCUCAGAAAUCACACCUUUUGAGGAAUCAUAAAAUCCACACUAAAGAGAAAGUGUAGAAAUGUCAGCAACUGAAAAGUCUUUUUUGGUGAGGCAGCCUUCAUACAUUUUAUUGUGUUUUGUAAAGCUCUAGUAAAAUCUUCUUUUAUUCAAUGUCU